UAAUCCGUGAUUUUUGAGAGGAAGGCAGCAAACUGGAGGAGGGAAAACCUGACCGGCUGUGGACGUCCUUAGCUUCACUCAUGCUAACCGAGCCGUGACAGUGUCGGCGAAAGGGAGAAGAAGCCCCGGUUGGGAUGGUUUUGUUGUCGGUUUGAUCCAAAAAGGAGGAAUUGUUUUCACCUCCCAGGAAGAGGGACCUCAGCUUGUGGAGUUCAUAUGACGAAACCUGCUUUUUUCUGAGCCACCAUAAAGGGGUGACUGGACUGCAUCCUGUGUACUGAUGAAAAUGGCUAUCGUGCGACAAUUCAGACUACUGGUGUGGAAAAACUAUCUUCAGCAGAAACGUCAAAUCCUGGUAACUCUGGUGGAGAUCCUCCUGCCCCUGCUCUUCUCAGGCAUCCUCAUCGUGCUGCGUCAGAAGGUUCCUUUUAAAGAUUACCCAAAUGCCACUACUUAUGAGAGCUACGCCGUGGACAGACUACCCAGGUUUUACUUCAGACACCUACAGCUGGCCUACGUGCCCAGUAACUCCAGCGCAGUGCGUCAAGUGGCAGAGUAUGUGCGAGGGAGCCUGUUCCUCUCCUCAGUGCGUGGCUUUGAGACAGAGGGGCAGUUUGAGGACUUUGUGAGGAAUGACCCGCAGUCAGGAAAGAUCCUCGCCGCCGUGGUGUUUGAGCACCCCUUCACCCAUGAUGAUGAACCUCUGCCCAUUAAGGUGGGCUACCAUCUGCGGUUCACCUUCACCCCACGUAACGCCCCCCCAAAGGAGAAGUCAGAGCUGAGCCCAAACAGUGACCUGGACUGGCACACGCUCAGCCUCUUCCCCUUAUUUCAGCUGCCGGGGCCAAGGGAGCAGUAUGAUAAGGACGGGGGAACACCUGGUUACUACAGAGAGGGAUUCCUAGCUGUGCAGCAUGCAGUGGAUCGAGCCAUCAUGAUUUCAUACAACAGGACUGCAGCAUCACCUCUGCUGCGACAGAGCCGAGUGGUCCUGUCCCGGUUUCCUUAUCCAGCCUUUAUUUAUGACGUCUUCAUUCUGGCCAUUCAGAACCAGCUGCCUUUACUACUGGUGCUCAGCUUUACCUACACCUCACUCAACAUCGUCCGAGCCGUGGUGCAGGAGAAGGAGAGGAAGCUCAAGGAGUACAUGAGGAUGAUGGGUCUCAGUAACUGGCUCCACUGGAGCGCCUGGUUCCUCAUGUUCUUCCUCUUCCUCUGCAUUUCAGUCUUUUUGGUCACUCUGCUCCUCUGUAUCCAGGUGAGUCCUAACGGAGCCGUACUGACCUACAGUGACCCCACGCUGGUCUUUGUCUUCCUGCUCAUCUUUGCCGUGGCCACCAUCAACUUCAGCUUCAUGAUCAGCACCUUCUUCUCACGAGCAAACGUGGCAGCAGCAGCAGGCGGCUUCAUCUACUUCAUGAGCUACCUUCCUUAUUUGUUCCUCUGGCCUCGCUAUGACCUGCUGAGCCAUGCCCAGAAGGUGUCCGCUUGCCUCAUCUCCAACGUGGCCAUGGCCAUGGGUGCUCAACUCAUGGGAAUGUUUGAAGGCAAAGGCACUGGGAUCCAGUGGUCCAACAUUUUUGACUCUGUGACGGUGGACGACGACUUCUCCAUGGCUCAGGUGUUGGGCUUGCUGCUGUUUGACGCUGUGUUUUAUGGGCUGGUGGCGUGGUACAUUGAGGCAGUCUUUCCUGGGGAGUAUGGUGUGCCUCUACCAUCUUAUUUCUUUGCACUGCCUUCGUACUGGUGCAGCAGUCCUCGCAUGGCUUUGGUGAAUGAGAAGGAAGAAGAGGAGGAUGCAGAAAAAGCUCUAAAAGGAGAGUUUAUUGAAGAAGAGCCUGCCGGACUUGUCUCUGGGAUCAAAAUUAAACACCUUGCCAAGGAAUUCAAAGUGGGCAACAAGACCCGGCAGGCUGUGCGGGAUCUUACUGUGAACAUGUUUGAAGGGCAGAUCACGGUGCUGCUGGGACACAAUGGUGCUGGGAAGACCACGACGCUGUCCAUGCUGACAGGGUUGUUUCCCCCUUCUAGUGGCAGAGCGUAUAUCAACGGGUACGACAUCUGUCAGGACAUGGCUCUGAUCCGCCGCAGUCUGGGCCUCUGUCCGCAGCAUGACGUACUUUUUGAUAACCUUACCGUCAGAGAGCACCUGCUCUUCUAUGCACAGCUAAAAGGCUACUCCAAAGAAAAGAUCCCAGAUGAGGUAGACCGCAUUAUUCGCAUCCUGAAUCUUGAAGACAAGCGGCAUGCUCGCUCCAAGACCCUCUCUGGAGGUAUGAAGAGAAAACUCUCCAUAGGCAUCGCUCUCAUUGGAGACUCCAAGGUGGUGAUGUUAGAUGAGCCCACAUCAGGCAUGGACCCAUCAGCUCGACGUGCCACCUGGGACCUCCUGCAAGGGGAGAAACGCGGCCGCACCAUCCUACUCACCACGCACUUUAUGGACGAGGCCGACCUGCUCGGGGACCGCAUUGCAAUCAUGGCGGGAGGAGAACUGCAGUGCUGCGGGUCGCCGCUGUUUCUGAAAAACAAAUAUGGUGCUGGCUACCACAUGGUGAUAGUAAAAGAUGCUCUAUGUAACGUGUCUGAAAUCACCCGCCUUGUCCACAUGUACGUUCCUAACGCCACGCUGGAGAGCAGCGCUGGGGCCGAGCUCGCUUACAUCUUACCCAAAGAAAGCACCAGCAAGUUUGAGCUGCUGUUUGCAGAGCUGGAGAUGAACAGAGAGGAGCUGGGCAUAGCCAGCUAUGGAGCAUCAGUGACCACGAUGGAGGAGGUUUUUCUCAGGGUGGGUAAGUUGGUGGAUUCCAGUUUGGACAUCCAGGCGAUCCAGCUACCCGCGCUGCAGUACCAACACGAGAGACGCUCCAACGACUGGACCACAGAUGAUGCCAGCAGCAUCAGCGGCAUGACCGACGCCACUGACUUUACAGACAGUGGCACUCUCAUCUCAGAGGACUGCUCCAACAUUAAGCUAAACACAGGGGCCAGACUUCACCUGCAGCAGUUUUACGCCAUGUUCCUGAAGAGGGCGCUAUACAGCUGGAGAAACUGGAAGGUGAUGGUGGCCCAGUUCCUUGUGCCUUUGGUCUUCACUGUUAUGGCCUUAGUUAUUGCACGCACCAUCCCCGAUCAUGAGAACGCUCCUCAUCUGAGGCUGGCCCUCAGCAGAUAUGGUACCACUAAGGUCCCUGUGGCUCUGCAGGCUGAGCCAGGUCCUCUGGCAGCUGCUCUAGCUAAUUCAUACAGCUCACAGCUCCCUGCCCAGCUGGGUGAGCUCGUCAAUAUCACAGACUUCACAGAUUACAUCCUGGCGCAGGCAGAUAAAGAAGGCAGCAGCUUUAAUGAGCGCUGUGUUGUGGGAGCUGCUUUCCGUGGCAGCAAGAGCCAAUAUGCAGAAGCUACAGCAUACUUCAACAACCAGGGCUACCAUACACCCGCCACAGCCCUCAUGAUGGUGGACAACGCCCUCUUUAAACUAGUAGCUGGGUCGAAUGCUUCCAUUGAGACUGGGAAUUACCCCAUGCCACGCAACCUGUCUGAAUCAGCAAAGAGUCAGCUGACUGAGGGAAAGACUGGCUUUGUCAUCGCCAUCAACCUGAUGUAUGGUAUGGCGUCUCUGUCCAGCACCUUCGCCCUGCUGCUCGUAACCGAGUCUGCAAUCAAGUCCAAGCAUGUGCAGCAAGUCAGCGGAGUCUACCUGUCCAACUUCUGGUUUUCUGCCCUGCUGUGGGACCUCGUCAACUUCCUGCUGCCCUGUCUGCUCAUGCUGGUGGUGUUUAAGGCAUUUGGAGUAAAGGCCUUCAUUGACAAAAACCACCUGGUGGAUGUGUUGUUGCUGCUGCUGCUGUACGGCUGGGCCGUCGUGCCUCUCAUGUACCUACUCAGCUUCUUCUUCUCCACCGCCGCUACUGCCUACACACGCCUCACUAUCUUCAACAUGAUCUCUGGCACGGCCACCUAUCUGGCUGUCACGAUCAUGACUAUCCCAGAGCUGAACCUGCGGGAUAUGUCUCGGCUGCUGGAUAAGGUGUUCUUGAUCUUCCCAAACUAUUGCCUGGGCAUGUCCUUCAGCCAGUUCUACCAGAACUACCAGUUCAUCACAUUUUGCACCACCAGUAACAUCACAACGGAUAUCUGCAGAUUCUUGAACAUCACGUACCAGAAAAACUACUUCUCGAUGUCAGAGCCUGGCGUGGGCCGUUUCCUCGUGGCCUUCUCCGUUCAAGGUGUCGUCUACAUCAUCCUGCUGUUUGUCAUCGAGCUGCAGUGUGUCCGCACUCUGCGGCGAAUCCUCACCUCCCUGGGAAGAAGGCGGAAACAGUUACCUCUAAUACAGGAUGCUGCUCUGCUCCCAGAGGACCGGGAUGUUGCAGACGAGAGGAAGAGGGUCCUGGAGUGCCAGCCAGUGGUGGAGUCCAUGGUUGGCAGCCCCCUCAUUAUGCAGGAGCUCAGCAAGGUGUACAGCAGUGGGCACAAUCUCCUGGCUGUUGACAGGCUGUCUCUAGCUGUAGGAAAAGGAGAAUGCUUCGGCCUCUUGGGCUUCAACGGAGCAGGCAAGACAACGACCUUUAAGAUGCUGACAGGUGAUGAAACGGUUACCUCUGGGGACGCCUACAUUGACGGAUACAGCAUCUUGAGGGACAUUAAGAAGGUACAGCAGCGGAUUGGUUACUGCCCUCAGUUUGACGCCGUGUUGGACCACAUGACAGGAAGAGAAACUCUGAGUAUGUACGCCAGACUCAGAGGGAUACCAGAGAAGUACGUGUCUGGCUGUGUGGAGAAUGUGCUGAGGUCGCUGCUGCUCGAGCCACAUGCUGACAAACUGGUCCGCAGUUACAGCGGUGGUAAUAAGCGGAAGCUGAGUGCAGGCAUGGCUCUGAUUGGUGGGCCUCCCGUCAUCUUCCUGGACGAGCCUUCGACAGGGAUGGACCCUGUGGCCCGGAGGCUGCUGUGGGACGCUGUUACACGCACAAGGGAGUCUGGAAAGGCCAUAAUCAUCACUUCUCACAGUAUGGAGGAGUGUGAAGCCCUCUGCACCAGACUGGCAGUGAUGGUCAACGGUCAGUUCAAGUGCCUCGGGAGUCCCCAACACCUAAAGAGCAAGUUUGGCAGCGGUUACACGCUGCUGGCUAAAGUCCAUAUAGAGGCUGAGCUGGAGGACAGCGACCUGCUGCUGUUUAAAGACUUCAUUGAAAGCACUUUUCCAGGAAGUCAACUAAAGGAUGAGCAUCAGGGAAUGGUGCACUAUCACUUGACUGAUAAAACACUUACCUGGGCCCAGGUGUUUGGCACUUUGGAGGCAGCCAAAGAAAAAUACCGCAUUGAGGACUACUGCGUGAGCCAGAUAUCACUGGAGCAGGUGUUCCUCAGCUUCGCCCAGUUCCAGCACUGCACAGAGAGUGGGACGAAGUAAGUGGAGCGUAGGAUCCGUCCAUCAAUCGCCCAUUUUCUACCGGGUCUGUGCACAUAGGACCUGUGUGAUUUACCUCGGUCACAGCAGGCGUGCACACAGGCCACGGGAACAUGUCUCCAGCUCCAUUUUUACCUUGACCACUCACAAACACACAGGGCCAGUCGCCAAAAAAGAAAAACAAACUUCAGCAUUUCUACUACUGUUUCACAUCAUCUUUGUUUGGUUAUUCAUGCUGUUGUUAUUGUUGGUGUUGUAUCGAGAAAGUCUGGGAUUAUGGCGAUACCAAGUAAUGGACUCUAAAUACUGUACCUUUGUAGUCAAAGGUCAAAGACAAUGACUGCACUCGUUUGAUACGUCCACUACUCUGAAGUACGACAGGGUUUAUUUGUGUGUGCACUUAUGCGUAAACUGCUCAUUUUUUUGUUAUUUAUGAUUUUAUUUUAUAUCCUGAUUAUGUUUCCAAAUAUAUGUGCUUCUUUGUGAUCAUUAAUCUCAUCACAAGAGAAUGAACCACUCCAUUUGUUGAUGAAAUCAUUGCACACCUUUGCGCCUUAUCAGACUUAAUAAGGGUUCUUGUUUCUUUCUAUUGCCCUAUAUGAAAUGCCUGGUUAUCCUUAAGAGCCUCUUCAUGUUGUUGCCGGAUGUAAAUAAUGUGAUGUGUUCAUGGUACUAAAAACUACUCACCCUCAUUCAGGCCAGAGCAGUACAUUUACUCAUUUAAAGACUGUUUGAAUGCAUGCAGAAAACAGGAUCGGCAGAGUGCAUGAAAAUGAGGAAUCAGAGAGCUGCAAGAAACUCGAAGGCCUUCAACAUUGACCCCCUGUUUCCGCAUAUUUAUGAACCAACAGGAAGUCCAUUUCCUAUCCAAAACAAUAAUACUCACCUCCGUAAUAUUUCCGUCUUGAAGCUACAAGUCAGAUGGCUUAACUGCAUAAAAACAGGUUGGUAACAUACAAACAACUGAAUGUCUCAGUGGUCAUUCAUGUGUAUUUUUUAUUCAAAAUUUCAAACCAUGAUAUGACCUACAAAGGCCAUUCUAAAAUUAAAGAUUGAUUAUCAGGGUAAACAAACAUAAGAAAUUUCUAAGAUUACAAAUGUAUACAUUUUUAAGGUAGAAUUUUUUAGUUUAACAUGUUCUAAAUUUAUAAGGGAGAUGAAGUUGAAUUUUCCAAGUUUAAAAAGUCACGCAUUUAGCCUUUUUUAAAUUAGAAAUUUAUUUAGUCCUGAAUAUGGCAUUUUAAAAUCAUAAAUUUGCGACCGGUGAAAAUCAAAACACUGAAUUAAUCAUAAUGCUAACGCAGCCGCUCAAAUAAAAGUAAAUUGAUAAAUAAAUAAUUUAGAAAAAUUAAUGAAGAGGAUCCGUUAAUUUUCAAGAGGAAAAUUUGGACAUUUUUGAGAUGAUAAAAUCCUAAAUUUGCAAGCAAAGCAACCUUAAAACACUGGUUAGAUCAGAAUGCUACAACGGCAUAUCAGGGCCACUCUAGAAAUGAAAAAAAAAGAAAAAAAUGAAUGUUUACUAAAUAAAGAGGCUCUGUUAAUUUUUUGAGAAGAAAAUUUUUAAGUUUUUAUAUUAUAAAAUUGCAAAUUUGCUAGUGAAGAAACUAAAAACACAUCAAGAUCAGAAUGCUACAAAGGCAUAUAAGAGCCACUCUAAAAGUAAAAAACAAUGAUGAUCUUAAAACAGAGGAUUUUGCUUGUUAAUGUAAAAAUAAGAAAAACACAAAUUGAUCAUACAACUUCAUAGAGACAAACACAAAAAAGUAAACAAAUUAGUAAAUAAAUAAGAUGAUGAGCAAUUUAAACAAUAUUAAAACAAUAACUGAAGGAAUCCGAUUAUGUAUUCAAAAAGGAGCGGGAAGAAGUUAUAAUCUCAAAAUUUUCAUUUUUUUGUCAGAAUUAAUGGAUCCCUCUAUUUUAUUGUUCCAGGCUGACUUCACUGAUGGUCAUGCAUAUGAGUCCUGUUCUGUCUCAUAUAUUCAAAGCUACUGAAUAGCAAAAAAUUGUUAAAAUUAUCCUCUUCCUGUGGCUGCAGGUAGUUUCUAUCAGGUCUCUUUCCACCUGUAAAAAAGUGCACUUCCUUGCAUUGGAUACUGUGAGGCAUUAAUGUUAUAUUUACAGAUGUAGGGACAUCAGACAUACCAGAAAGUGGAAACGAGGGGUAAAGUACACAAAUCCAGUCUCACUACACCAGGCAAGCCUCCAUUUAGAUCUGAUUUUCCUCUGCAAAACAAGUCGCAGCAGCGUGUUCCCAUGUGAUUACCAAGCUAUUAAAGUUUACAUGGAAGCAAUUUAGAAGAUGAUUUUAAAAUGUCGCUGUGGCUGCAGAAGCAUAGGUUAUAAUACAUGGGAUUGGACUGGAUCUAAAACAGGAAGAGUGCUCUGAAUUAUGAAGCAUUUUUGUGCGUUUUCUCCUUGCAGCUAUGCAUCUCCUGUGUGAGAGAGAUGCACAGAGUAUGGUAACACAUACCUGGAUUCAAACAAACUAAAAUGGUGUGAUGAAAAACAACAGAAAAUGGACAUAUUUGACUGCUGCUUCAUCUUUAAUGUAGAGCUGCUCUCACUGGGAAAGCCUAGAAGUGCAACAAAAGGUGCUGCAAUAGGAAGGCUAGGAUAAGUAUAGUUGUGUUCAGUAUAAUAGCAGUCCAACUACACUUACCAGAUCAGUCACUGUUUUUGGUUGAAAUUAUAUAAUUUACUACAAGGUGUGGUAGAGUAUUGGAAAACCAUCUUACCCAAUAGUCAGGACAUGCAUGCUGCUGAUUCUGUGAUUAAAAAGUUGAUUGAAGAGGGGGAAACAUAAAGAAGUGCAAAAAGUGAUAGGCUGCUCAGCUAAAAUUAUCUUAAAUGCUUUAAAAUGGCAACCAAAACCAGAAAGAGGUGGAAGAAAACUGAAAGCUACCUUUCAGAUGGAUCAAAGAAUAGCCAAAAUGGCAAAGACUCAGCCAGUGAUCAGCUCCAGGGUGCUGAAAAGGGUCUGAAGUUACAUGUGAGUGCUGUAACUAUUAGAAGACGCCUAUGUGAAGCCAAGCUAUCAGCAAGAAGGCUGCGCAAAAACCCGGUGUUGAGAAAACAACAUGUGCUGAAGAGGUUAAAGUUUUCCAAAGAAAACGCUGAAUGGCCUAAAGAGAAAUGAUGCAUCAGAUGACCCCCAAACACUGAAUUCAAGCCACAGUACAGUGAAGACAGUGAGGCAUAGUGAUACAAGCAUCAUGACAUGGGGAUGUUUCUCAGACUAUGUUGUCAGGCCUAUUUAUCAGAAUCCAGGGAUGGUGGAUCAGUUUAAAUACACCAGAAUAUUUGAAGAGGUCAUGCUGCAAGACACCAACUCCAAACACCAGUAAUCCAGCAGCAUCUUGGUUCCACACCAACAAGAUUAUGGAGUGGCCAGCCUAAUCCCUGGACCUUAAUCCGAUAGAAAACAUCAAAAAUGCUUUUUCUGAGACAAAACCAAGAAAUGCAGAGGAAUUGUGGAAUAUAGUCCGAUUAUCCUGGGCUGGAGCACCACAGGUAUUCACAGGUGCCAGAAGCAGGUUGAUCCAUGCAACAUAGAUGCAAAGCAGAAACAGUGGAUAAAUAUUGAGUCAGUGAUUCAAAGGAAAGCUAAAUCUACCAGCAUUUUUCUUCAUAUUUUGAUUUUUCUUCAUUUGGACUGGAAUGCGCAGUGUUCCCAGUGCAUUUGAAUGUAUGGAAAUAAAAGUUAAAAGGAUUUUGAGCUAUAAACACACUGCAAUUAUUUUGAACACAACUGUAUUUGGUGUUUUCAUUGGAAAAUUAAUCCGCUCAGUGUUGAUUCCUCUUGUGCUAAGAUGCGCAAUCACAUUUUUAGCAAUUUACAGGACUUGUAACUUCUAUAUGCGUUCUUAAGGAGCAUUUUAAUAAUCACAUUCCCAUUCAUAUUACUGAGAAACCAUGUUAACAAUCACUUUUCUAAUCCAGGGUGAAUCAGCAUUGAUUUGAGUAUGAAACCAUCCCUCCACUCCACAGCAUUAAGAUGAAUGUAUUUACUGUCUUAACCGAAGCAAAAAGCGCUCACAGUGACCAAGUUUGUUUUUACAGCUUCUUAUGAUUUACGGUUUCUUAACGUCACCUGAUGUGUGUGAAGAAGAGACUGACAUUCCAGAAAGAUGUGUUGCUUUUUGAACUUUAAAGGACUAAACCUUUAAACUUUUAAGUCUUUUUGCACAAUUUCUGUCUCAUUACAUGUAUGACUUGAAUCAACUGCAAUGUUAGAUACAUAGUUUGAGGAAUACUACAAAAGGUUUGAGCUGCUGAGGAUUAAAAGCUGUAUCAUAUUUAAGAAUUAAAAAAGGGAAUUUACACCAUUGUGAAUGUGUACUGUAUUGUACCAUGGAACUGACCUUGUCAAAUGUAUAUGUAUCGCUCUUCUUUUUAAAUUAAAUAAAGCUCUAUGCAAGUGGUAGCAAAAAA